AUGAGCGCACGUUGGCUUGAGUAUCGACACACCUGUUAUACAAGGAAAGGCUGUUCUACUUCUCCCUUGUUAACAAUCGAAGAUCAACAAAUGCUUCGAGAUGUUGGCAAGAGGAAGCUUACGCCCGGAAUCAGUAAAAGUCAGGAAUUUGAAACUGCCAAGACUAGGUUGAGCAAACACCAUAGGCUAAGCAAGAGUAGUAAUCAUUCCCCAAUCAGUGAAAGCAAAAACGAUGUAUUCUGCACAAGACGGCGGCUACCUUCUGUUCCUUUCAUUGACUUUGAUAUUGACCGAAUAAAGGCCUUGGAUGUCAUUGAUAGGGUGGAUAGCAUUGGAGGUUCAUAA